AUGGCGAUUUUAUCGAAUCGCAUUUUCGAGGUAUUUGUAUUUCUGAUCUUGUGGAGUGCUGGGGCUUGUUCCAUAAAAGAUAAAUCGGGACUUUCGCUUGCUUAUUUGGACAGGCCCCCAAAACUUGUUCAAAGUUAUACUUUUGAGAGAAAUGAAAAAAGACAUAGUUCCUUUCCUUUGUCCCUCUUCCGAAAGAGAAGGGUGACCGGUGGUCUCAAGUACACCUGGCCCAUCAAGAGGGUGGCCGAGAUAAAUGGGGACGUUAUCCUGGGAGGACUGAUGAUGAUCCACGAACGGGAGGACAGACGAAUAUGCGGGCCCAUCAUGCCACAGGGUGGAAUCCAGGCCCUUGAGUGUAUGCUGUAUACGAUGGACUGGAUUAACAACCAGAAGGAUUUCCUCCCUGGAUUUAAGCUGGGAGCGUACGUUCUGGAUGAUUGCGACAAAGAUACUUACGGUCUGGAACAAGCGGUGGAUUUUAUUAAAGGUUCUAUUAGCAAUAUCGACGACGGUACCUACCGCUGUCCGGAUGGAUCUUCCCCUACUAUUCGCCACAAACGGAUCUCCGGUGUCCUUGGCGCCGCUUCGAGCGUAACGUCUAUCCAAGUGGCCAACUUGCUGCGACUUUUUAAGAUACCACAGGUGAGCUUCUUUUCCACCAGUCCGGAGCUGAGCAAUAAGCAGCGAUUUGAAUAUUUCCUGAGAACUGUUCCUUCUGAUACCAACCAGGUAGACGCCAUGGUCCAAAUCAUCCAGAGACUGAACUGGACCUACGUCUCAAUUUUGUAUGAGGAAUCCAAUUACGGAAUUCAGGCUUUUACGGUGUUGGAGGAACUGUUGUCCAAGAUAGAAAUCUGCAUCGCCGUGAAGGAAAGACUGACCAAAGAUUCAGGAGUAGCAGGCGACUCCUAUUACGACAACAUUGUCAACAAGCUCAUGGCCAAGCCCAGCGCUAAAGGAGUCAUCAUCUUCGGUUCAGACCAGGAAGUGGCCGGCGUGAUGAGAGCCAUCCGCAGGAAUAACUGCACUGGACUCUUCUCGUGGAUAGGAAGUGAUGGUUGGAGUGCUCGGUCCCUGGUAUUUGAUGGUCACGAGAGUCAGGUAGAAGGUACCAUAUCAGUACAGCCACGAGCCCACCCUGUCGAGGGUUUUGACACCUAUUUCCAAUCUCUCACUGUUUACAACAACUCUCGGAAUCCUUGGUUCACCGAGUUCUGGGAGCAUUUCUUCAACUGCAAAUGGCCAGGGAGUUCUAUUACCCCAUACAAUCAAUUCACGAAGGUACUUUGUACUGGUGAAGAAGUGAUGAGCCCUGAGACUGGAUACGAAGCCGAGAAACAGCUUCAGUUUGUGAGCGAUUCUGUGAUGGCUUUCGCUCACGCCCUGAAAGGCCUGCACGCGGAUGUCUGUAAAGGAAAGCCAGGGAUUUGUCCGAAAAUGGAUCCUAUAGAUGGCGCUGUUUUGCUGAGUUACUUGAAAAACGUAUCUUUUAGAGGUCUUAGUGGUGAUGAGUUCCAAUUUUCUGAGAAUGGAGAUGGUCCUGCUCGUUAUAAUAUCAUCCAUUUCAAGCAAAUUUCACCAGGGAACUAUAAAUGGAUCCGCGUUGGAGAAUACCGAGAUGGAGAGCUGAAACUCAGUCUGUCUGACGUCCGUUUCCGAUGGGAAGAACCGGACAUGCCCAUAUCUGCUUGCAGUAUACCGUGUGGUGUGGGACAAGCAAAGAAAUACGUAGAAGGUAGCAAAUGCUGUUGGCAUUGCUUUAACUGCACCAAAUAUCAAAUUCUUCGCCACGAGACGACUUGCUACGACUGCCCCUUGGGCUUUCUACCUAAUGCAGAUCAUUCGGAAUGUGAGGAAAUUCCUCAUCAAUACAUGAAACUGGAUAGUUACUGGGCGAUCGGCAUUAUGAUUUUCUCAUCACUUGGCAUAGUAAUAACUUCAUUUGUUAUCAUUGUUUUUAUCAAGCAUCAAGAUACGCCUGUUGUGAAAGCAUCGGGACGUGAACUUAGUUAUGUCCUCCUAGCUGGCAUCUUUCUUUGUUAUGCUAUUACAUUUCUACUCAUCCAAAAGCCAUCGGAUGUUAAAUGUGGUGCUCAGAAAAUGGGUAUAGGAUUAUGUUUUACUAUAGUGUACAGUGCUAUCCUUACUAAAACAAAUAGAAUUGAUCGCAUAUUCAGAUGUGGUGCACGAAGUACGAAACGACCCAAUUUCAUUAGCCCCAAAUCACAGUUGUUCAUCUGUGGGGGAAUCGUCAGCAUUCAAGUAAUAUUUUCAGCAAUGUGGAUGGGAUUCAGCCCUCCCAAAGCCAUUCUCUAUCAUCCAAAUCCUGAUGAGAGUCACCUGGUGUGUGCCGCUUCCAUAGAUGCCACAUACAUGGUAGCCUUCGCUUACCCCAUGAUACUAAUCUUGAUAUGUACUGUGUACGCUAUCCUGACGAGGAAGAUACCAGAAGCUUUCAAUGAAUCUAAGUACAUAGGAUUCACAAUGUACACCACCUGCAUAGUGUGGUUGGCGUUUAUACCUUUGUAUUUCACCACAACAGACCAUGACGAGAUUAAUGUCUUCACAAUGUCGGUGACAGUCAGCUUAAGCGCAACUGUGACAUUGUUCUGUCUUUUCACUCCAAAGCUGUACAUAAUUCUACUUCAUCCUGACAAAAAUGUCAGGCAGCCGCUCAUGAAUCACAGUAAAUAUGUUGGCAAUAAUGACACCAGAGUCACUUCUAGUAAGGCUGAACCUUCAAAUAUAUCCGAAGGUUCUUCGGAGCCAAAUGAAGUGGCCAGCAAAUCAAGUAAGCCAAUGGAACAGGUGACCUGUGGUACUCAAACAACCUCUAUCGCGGGCAUUAACCGCUGCGUCAGCUGCACAGUUAUUAGUUCACUCAAGAACGAGGAGAACAAUAUGAAACUGUAAAGGAGAAAUUGCUCACUGUACAAAUUUAAGUUUAGAAAGUCAUACAUUGACAAACAUUAGAGUUCUCGCUGAAUGA